AUAUUAAAACAAACAUAUUUGAAGGAGAAUCUGGAGAGUCUGACUGUUUCUGCGGUCGGUAUGCCAUGACAGGACGAUGUGAAAUGAACGCCAACAUCCGGGAAAUUAUCUGCCCUUACACCUGCUCCCUCAGAGCCAACAUAACCUGCGGCGAUCCGAAUCUUCUCUACCCUCACGCAGUAGCUACCCGUCAGACGCCCCACUGGAUGGACACCAUGUCCUUCAAAUGCGAGCCAGGCUAUAUGAACAUGGGCAGCUAUGGAUGGGUGGGCUGUACCAUCAAGGGAACGUUUCUUUCGCGAUUUAGUGUCAAUGUGCCUCACUGUGUUCCGGAAAAGGAAUAUGGUCUCUUCCGAUACGCUCCACAGGCAAUCCGUCUGGAGAUCAUGGAGUCUUUCCUUGCGGAAUCAGACAUCGAUUGCGCUAUUGCAUGCAGAGAGUCGUCAUCGUGUACCCACUUCAUCUUUGAGAGCAACACGUGUGACAUAUGCAAGCUUCCUAAAUGGAGAAACGGAGGAAACAACAUGUACGGAAGGAAACUCUGGCAGAAAGUGUUACCAACAAAGUAUUCUCUUAACUUUCAAACCCCCUAAGGUGUAUACACUAAUAUACCAUCAGGGACAAGCAACGUAAAUUUUCAUUCACUGUCUGAUGUCCCGUGUCCUAUGUUGGAGUUUGUUUUCAGUGAUCGACAGGAAACACUCUCGUGAUUCUCAUACAAUAUUAGGACAGUCUUUUACUGAAACCCAUUAGAUGUCUACCACGACAAAAAGGAAACAAGUUCAUUUUCAGGACGAGUGUGGAAUUAUUUAUACCCACAUUUGAAGACAAUUUCGUUUUUGCUACAACUGACUCAUCAAAGCCCUUUUGCGCAUGGAUAGCUUUUUUGCACAUAAGCAUUGCUACAUUAGUCCUCUUUACUAAUUGAGAAUGCAGCUUUGUGUCAAGUAUUACUGGUUCUACUUUGAGGAUAUGAGACUGAUUAGUGCAUAUACUGAACACAACAAAUACAAAGUCACGAGUUUCCUUCCUUCUGAAGUGUGUUAUGCAAUAGGGAGCGGCACUCACACUUCACUGCUUCAUUGGGAUGAACAGACAACAAACAAGCUGAAUGACAUUCAGCCAAUAAUCAAUAAUACCAAUAUCAAUAUCCCGUGCCGUAGAAAUGAUGUUGUUACGUUGGUGGCGAGUAGGGCAUUUCCACGUGACACAUGCUUUUCUUAAUAAAAGGGAAGAUGUUCUUAUGUGCAUUCCUUGCCAAUGUCGGGUAACUGUGAAACUAAUUUUAUGAGGAUGUGAGGAUACAGUUUUAAUGUGUAUUUUAAUUUGAAAGCCCUUAUUACUUAAGUCCAUAAAUAAAAGAUUAUAUAAUUUAAAAAAAAGGAAUACCGUUUUAAGACAAGAUAUAGAUUUUAAUCUCUUUUUGUGAGUUUUAUUCUUUUCUCUGUGAUAUACACUUUUUUAUAUUCUUAAAAUGCAAAUUUUAGAACUUAUUUAUUGGAAUUAUGUGUAGUAUCAUUUCUUGUUAUUGUUUCUAUGUCUCCUGUAGUUCCAUCUCGUAGAAAGAAAAACCUACAAAAGUGA